AUGCAGGUGCUAACCAAGCGUUAUCCCAAGAACUGCCUGCUGACUGUUAUGGACAGGUACUCAGCCGUGGUGCGCAACAUGGAGCAGGUGGUGAUGAUCCCCAGCCUUCUGCGGGAUGUGCAGCUGGGUGCACAUGCAGGGGCCCCCGAUCUCUACAACUACUUCACCAUGCUCAAGGCCAUCCGUGUAGAUGUGGACCACGGGCUCCUGCCCCGGGAGGAGUGGCAAGCCAAGGUGGAGGGUGAAGCCAAAGAGGCUGAGAGUGAAACUGCAGAGACGGAGGAGGCUGAGGAAGAGAGUCUCUCCGGGGAGCUGGACCUGGAAGCUCAGUUCCACCUGCACUUCUCCAGCCUCCAUCAUAUCCUCACAAACCUUACCCUGAAAGCCGAGGAGGUGACGAGGAAAUACCAGGAGAUAACGGGACAGGCCAUGUAG